GUCAAAACAGUAAGUCUAAGGAUAACCUCAAACUUUAUGUAAUAUUUUCAAGAAAGGGCAUUUAUAACUGCAUUACAACACGUUUUCAUACAUUCUGUACAUACAGCAAGUUAAAAAUGAGUGUGUAUUUAUCAAGAAUUGCAUUUAACGCCAUUCGGUGUGCGACACCGAAAAGUUUUUCAACGAAUACCGUAGUCGGUUUUGUAGCAACGAAAGCUCGAUUUUUAUCGCCGAAAAACGACUUAUUUAGUAUUGCUGGGAUUGCUAUAGUAAGGAAUUAUUCACAUGAUGCGAUACAGCCGACGAUGCCAAUAGAAAAUGGCACAAUUCCUAUUAAAAAGAAGACUGUUCAUAAGAAGGCGAAACCGGCGGACUUGUCCCACAAAGAGGGCCAUUUCCUCACGAUGGCUUAUGCGACAGCUAAUUCCUAUGAUCUGAAGAGUCUGAAGGAGGCUCUAGUUCAACAGAAGCUGUAUGAACCGGGCACAUUAAAAGCUAAUGAGUUGGGUGAUGUAGUGGUAGCCAAUGCGGUGUACAGCAUUGGUUCUGAACCCAGAGAGAUCAUCUUCUUCAGAGAAGGAGGCAUCGUCUUCUGGAACUGCACCGAGCUGGAGGCUCGGAAUGUGCUGGACUUUGUCAGACCUUAUGAAAUAGACAGCUACCCUAGGGACGUGGUGGAAAAAGAGAGAGAAGUCAUGACAUACGUUUAUCACCCGAACGCGAAGAGAUGCCAUUUACAAGAGUCAUCAUUUGUCCUGGUGCCAAAGAGAGAUAACUCGUUGGAGAGGUAUACAUUCAGUCACGCCAUGAUGCAGUCGGCUCGGCUGGGCGCGUGGGAGUCGCGGCUGGAGGCGCUGGCGGCGUCCGUCAGCUCGCACACCGCCGCCAUGCAGCACGACGGCGCCGCGCAUGUUGAUAAGAAAGAGGUAGUUCGUAAACUAGGCGAGCUAUUCUCUCUCCGGCACGUGCUGAACGUGGAGUCAGAUCUAUUGGAUACGCCUGACUUCUAUUGGGAAGAGGAACAAUUAGAACGCCUGUAUUCCUCCACUGUCGCUUACUUCACCAUAUCUAGGAGGACCAGGGUCCUUAACGAGCGUCUAGCCCACUGCGUGGAACUUCUAGAGUUACUUUCAUCCUGGGCAGCAGACAGGCACCACGUACGCCUAGAAUGGAUGGUCAUAGCACUCAUUCUAGCAGAAGUCUGCUUCGAGUUGCUGCAUCUCUUCGAAAGGUGGGUCGCCAGGAAUGAGGUCUUAGACAGCUAGGGCAGGGACAUUCCAGACUCACCACCGGAAGGUGAAGUGGGUCUGGAAUCUAUGAUGUCUGGAGAAGUCGGUCUGGAAUCUGGAAUGGGUGAUGAAGUGGUUUUGGAUUCUGGAAUGGGUGAUAAAGUUGUACUGGAAUCUGGAGUGGGUGAUGAUGUCAGUUUGGAUUCUGGAAUUUCUGCAGUAGUUGGUAUCGAGUCUGGAAUUGUGGAAAGAAGGGGAUGGAUGGUAGUGAAGAAUGUUUAUUAUGGGAAUCAUUUCUUAUCAUAAGGUUAAAAGUCGUUAGUUUAAGUAAAUUGACAAAGUUAUUAGUUAACAAUUUAACAUCUUCCAAUUAUGUGACAAAACAACAGUUUUUAAUGUAUGUCUAAGUUUGGUUGAGCAUGCAUCUUCGAAAGGAUUUUAUGAUAGUUAUCUAAUACAUGUAUCAUGUCAGAUUUUUACAUUGUUUUAAUUCACAAAAUACUUAAUUAUCUAAAUAUUCAUGUAUUUAAUGUAUGGAUUAGUAUAUUAUUCUUACCUUAUACUAAAGAUAUUUUAACAGCUGUAGACUUAAAGAUGGAUGUCGUAUUUGGGGGUGAUUUUAUCAAAGUAAUCAAACGUAAGUAUAGUAAUAGUAAAAAAAGUAAAUUAUAAUUUGACAAGUUCCUACAAUAAAUACCAGACGUCUAUAAAUAAAUAAUUCAAAUAAAAAAAAAAAAUUGAGCUGACAGGCUUUUGAUUCAAAAUUAAAUUUUUGGUAUCUCAGAAAUGUAAAUUUUGAAAUUCUGUGUAAUGUAAAUUUUGAUUUUUUUUUGUGGAAUUCUGGUAUGAAUUUUAUCUAAAAAUAUUUAUGUAAAAGUAAAACUAUGUAUGUGGUAGCGUAUGGUUGAAAUAUUGAAUGUGACAAUAGAUCGUAAAAUCAUUUUAAUGUAUUUAGAAAUUAUUAUUUUAUGUGCCUAAGUACAGUGCAGUUAAAAACUAAAUAUAGAUUAUAGUAUUAAAUAUUAUUAUAAGUAUGAUUCGACUAGGCUAUCGUAUACCAAGCCAUUAUUGCCAUUAUAAGUAUAAAAUAAGUAGGAAAAUACAAGAAAUAAUUUAAUUUGUUUCUGUCAUUCCUAUUUAAGUAAUUGGUUAGUUAUUAAAUCUUGUAUUGUAUUGUUUUCUUAUUUAAAUUAGACAGUUUUAGUAUUGUAAGUAGUUGUUAUCGUGUAAUAUACACGAUUUACGAUUUAUGUAAUAUUGUUAUGUAUUUAUGUAUAUUUAUAAAAAUUAUAAGUUGUUGAAUCUCUA